AAACAUUUUUUAAAUCAGCUUCCCUUUACCGACGUGAGAUUCCUCCGCCAAAUUUGUAAACAAAGUAGUCCCCCUAUCCGGGUGGAAGUUUUAAAUAAUUCGAAGUACAAAAUGAAUCAUUCAAAAUGACAGUGACACGCACAUGACAAAAAUAAUAUGCAGUAAAACAUAAGAAUAUGUACAGUUGUCAUUUUACAUGAGUGUCUCCUUGUUACAGCGGAGGGAUACUACGGCGAUACACACGACAGGCUACAUUUGUCGGUUGUUAAAGUUAGCUUCCGUUAGCCGUCCUUCGAUGUACAUUGUAGGGUAAGGUAAGAUGUCGAUUGAACGUUUAGUCUGAUCUGAAAAUCUGUCUUCGCCACGUCCAGAUUUAUGUUUAUGGAUUGCCAGAAGUCGACGAAUCUUUGAAGGGACUUCCAGGUAACGUUAAAAAAUGCCUUUACAUGGGAAAGUAGUCGUGAUUAAGAGGAGUGGAGGAGAUGGGACUGAGUUUCCUCUCACUGCAACAUGCUUAUUUGGAAGGAAGCCCGACUGUGACAUUCGUAUUCAGCUUCCUCAAGUCUCCAAGGAGCACUGCAGAAUUGACCUGAAUGAGAAUAAAGAGGUCAUAUUGACAAAUCUGAGCUCAGUGAAUCCAACUCGUGUCAACGGAGAAGCACUGCAGCAAUCUGAGCGUUUGAAACAUGGAGAUGUGAUAACUGUUAUUGAUCGUUCUUUCAGGUUCGAGUACCCACCUGCACCCACACCAAAGAAGCGGUCUUCCACGGGUGGGAAAUCUGAGACCUUCAAAGUUCUUCAAGACCAGCAAGUGGGAGACUCUGUCACCUCUGAGAAAGGAGAGAAGAGGAUCUCUGAGGUGUCCACAGACCCUCAUCUUAAAGAUGGAACCAACCAUGACAACAUCCAGCGUUCCCUGGAGAAAACCAUGGAGGUGGAAUCAAAGUUGGAUGAGAGCAAGACGGCCUCCCCUUUCAACGACCUGUAUCAAAUGAUCAAAAAAUCUUUGGAUGUGAAGACUCCUCGGAAGUCUUCAGCCAGUCUUCUUCAAACACCGACUUCAAGGUUUUGCACUCCAAAACCUGCUUCAGUCAGGAAAUGUGAUGUCAUUUCCACAGGAGAGAAGAGCACUCCUGUAAAGGAUGAAGCUAAGGUCCCUCCUGCAGCUGAUGAGGUUAAAAUGGAGACCGAAAAUGUAACCAGUGAGACCCCAAAGUCUGUCAAGAAGCAGCGGAGGUCCUUGAAGACUCCUCCAGUAGCAACACCUGGACCUGAAGCGGAAAAUUCUGAGAGAACCUCACCUCAAAAGAGAAUCCGUACACCACCCCAGAGGUUCACUGUAGGAGACAUCACUGAGCAGACCUGCUCUGGUUCUCCCAAGUCCCCUAUGAGAAGGAGGAGCAAGGAGGCCACUUCUCCUAAAGCAGAGAGUACUAAAAAGGCAUCCCCAGGAAACUCUGGGACAGCUGAAAAAGUGAAGUCCAAAAAACGCAAAAGUGGAGAUCUUCCAGCUGACCUGCCGAAGCAAAAAAUGAAGAGGAAACGUGUGUCCUUUGGAGGUCACCUGAGCCCUGAGUUAUUUGACAAACGACUUCCUCCAGACUCUCCACUACGCAAAGGAGCCGAUCCACGGAGAAGCUUGAGUGUUUUGAAGCCCAAACAGUCUCUUCUUAGGCGAGCAUCAGUCAUUGGCCUGCUGAAGGAGUUUGAUCAAGAGGAAAGUCCUGCAAAAAAGAAAACUCCAUCACCUAAAAGGUCACCGAGUGCCAAGAGUGCAUCUCCCAAGACUCCUACAUCUGAAAAGAAAUCACCCAAGUCCAGAUCUCCUUCUCCAAAAGCAGCAACUCCAGCAAAGGCAUCCCCUAAAACCAAGUUGUCCUCUCCCAAGGCAGCAACACCUGCAAAAGCCUCUCCCAAAUCCAAAUCUGCUUCUCCAAAAGCAGCGACCCCAGCAAAGGGAUCCCCUAAAUCCAGAUCCCCUUCUCCUAAAGCUGCAACUCCAAAAUCAAAGUCUCCAUCUACUGAUAAAAUGAAAACUCCCAAGAGUGCUCGACACACCCCCACAGUGCAGGGGCGCUUCUCUGUGUCCCUUAUUAGCACACCGUCUCCGGUCGUAGAAGAGGCUGCUGCCGAAGUGACCCCUAAGCAACCCCUGAAGAGACAGAGCAUCUCACGGAAGACUCCAAAGUUGACCAAGAGUGCUGUAAAGAUUAUGGCCAGAAGAAGUGGCAUUUCAAGGGCAUCUCUGAAAGCCAAAAGCUCCUGGGCAGACAUGGUGAAAUUUGGACAACCUAAGCCCCAAGUGGUUGCUCCAACCAAAAGAGCAGUCAUCAGGAAAACACAGAAAAAGGCAGCUAUGUCCAAACCACAGACGCCUGCCAGAGCUCUCCCCGGCCAUGUCAGCACCGGACACGCGUGUUCACCUGUCACCAUCGUACUUAGCAGAGCUCAGAGACAAAAGUUGGUUCAACCAACCGGAGCUGCACCACGAGUGGUCACCAACAUUGCUCUCCUGAAAAAGAACAUGAAAAUGGAUGAGGACUUGAGCGGAGUUUCUGAGAUGUUUAAAACUCCUGUAAAUGAGAGGAAGCGGAAAUCUGUGAUAAGUGAAAGCAGCGCAACUAAGACACCAAUGGGAGGUCUGGAAACUCCUCUUGUAGAACCAUCAGUGCUGAACACACCAGAGGAGCCAGGGGAAAUGAUGGUGUCUCCUCUCAGUGGGUCGUCCACAGUCAAAGACAGACAGUACAACAGCGAGGCAGUCAAACGCCUCCUGGAUGGAGAUGAAGAAUCGAGCUUCAGCAGUGACAUACCUGCCAUGGAGACUCAUCCUGAUGGCUCCAGUGAACAGGAGUGCGUAGAUGCAAAGACCACCUCUGUAUCAACUCCCAAACAGAAGCCAGAAUUACUAGAUUGCCUCACUGGAGUGAAGAGAGUCAUGAAGACGCCGAAGCAGAAGUUUGAACCCAUUGAGGACCUGAGAGGAAGACUCCUGAAAACCCCCAAACAGAAGCUGGAACAACAGGAGUGUCUCACCGGCGUGAAGAGAAUCAUGAGGACCCCAAAACAGAAAGCCGAGCCCAUCGAGGAUCUGAGGGGGAAGAUUCUGAAGACUCCAAAGCAGAAGGCUGAACAGCCAGAGUGCCUAUCUGGUGUUAAGAGGAUCAUGCAGACCCCACAACAGGAGGCUGAACCUCUUGAAGACCUCAAAGUAAAACUUCUGGAAACUCCCAACGCUCGAGAGGCCGUGGAUGUUGUUGAGGAACUUACAGAGACCGCAGAACCAGUUGAAGACGUGGGAUGUGAGGGAGUUCAGGAGGUCAUGGAGGAUCAGGUCACUGAGCAGGUAAUUUUAGAAGCUGAUGUAAAGGACGUUGUCAUUGAGGACCUAUCAGAGGAGGCACUGAGUGGUAAUGCUAACAAAGAAACAUCAGAUGCCAAAGAGGAUGUUUCUGAAGCAGCUCUAGAAGAGACUCAAGCUGAGGAACAACCCACAGAAGACACAGUUGAUGAGACACAGUCUGAAGAACAACCAGAACUAGAGGCUGCACAGAACGUCACAGAAAUGGAAGAGACCGCAGAAGAUCCUGAACCACAAGCGCCUGUAAUCGAGAGUGUACCUGAAGUAGAGGAAGCAACUUGCAGCGUCAUCAACAUGGAAAAGACAGCAGAAGAACCUGAACCCGAGGAACCACUGACCGAGAAUGUAGCUGAAGUAGAGGAAGAAACUUGCAGCGUCACCAAAAUGGAAAAGACUGCAGAAGAUCCUGAACCCCAAGCACCUGUGACAGAGAGUGUACCUGAAGUAGAGGAAGCAACUUGCAGCGUCAUCAACAUGGAAAAGACAGCAGAGGAACCUGAACCCCAAGCACCAGUGACCGAGAGUGUACAAGAAAUGGAGGAAGCAACUUGCAGCGUCACAGAAACAGAAGCAGCCGCAGAAGAACCUGAACCCCAAGCACAAGUGACCGAGAUUGUACCUGAAGUUGAAGAGGUAACUUGCAGCGUCACCAAAAUGGAAAAGACAGCAGAAGAUCCUGAACCCCAGGCACCAGUGAUUGAUAGUGUACCAGAAGUGGAGGAAGCAACUAGCAGCGUCACUGAAAUGGAAACAACUGCAGAAGAACCUGAACCCCAGCCACCAGUGACUGAGAGUGUACCAGAAGUGGAGGAAGCAACUAGCAGCGUCACUGAAAUGGAAACAACUGCAGUGGAUCUUGUCGUGGAGAAGAAACCUGUUCGAGGCAGAAGAGUAAAAACUGUGGAAACCAAAGCAACUGUGGACAAACAAGAAACAGCAGAACAAAGUGAAGAGCCUGUCAUCCCUGCUCCAGUCAGAGGAAGAAGAGGGAAGAAAACUGAAGUUACUGCAGCACCCACUGUGAGACAAGCAACAAGAGGCAGAAACGCAAAGACCGCAGAAAGCACAGUGGAGAAGAGUGAGCCUCUGCCUUCUGAGGUUGCUACUAAGCCUAAAAGAGGAAGAAAUGCCAAGAAGGCUUCUGAUGAUCAACCUGAAAAUGUCAAUGAGGUCACAACUGAAACAGAAAUUGUGCCAGAGGCUGUACCAAGUCCUCCACCUGAGGUGGACCAGGAGGAAAAUGUCAGUGCAGCACCUGUGGAGAAAGCAGUGGUGAAGCCAAAGCGAGGGAGGAAAGCUAAACAACCUGAACAAGCUGUGCCAGAGCAGCAAGAUGCAACCUGCACUCCCAGUCAAGAUGUUCCCCAGACUGAUGUGGAAAAAGAUAUUCAAGAAAUCAGCAAGGUCUGCAGUGAGCAGCCAUCAGAUGCUGAGGCCCCUGUUUCUGAGAGUCUACCUGACACGGAAGAGGAUGCAGCUGUCGUUCAGAAGAAACCUGUUCGUGGCAGGAGGGCAAAAACUGUUGAAUCUAAAGUUGAGCUGACUCAAGAGGCAACCGAACAACCUGAAGAACCCGCCAUCUCUGCUCCAGUCAGAGGAGGAAGAAGAGGAAGGAAAAUUGAAGCUUCCAUGCCAGUUGUCAGUAGACAAACAACAAGAGGCAGAAAUGCAAAGUCUCAAGAAAGCACCUCUGAUGACCAACCUGAGCUGGUGCCAGAGAAAUCUGUCGAAACAAUGCCGGUGACUGAGAUUUCCACGGAAUCUGUGACUGAGCAGGCUUCUGUAAAAGAUACCCUCCAAGAGGAACAAGAUUACGUACCACCAACCGAAGAAGCUGCAGUGAAGCCUGUCAGAGGAAGAAAAGCUAAAGUAACACCCGUUGAGCAGCCAGAACCACAGACAAACGAAGUUCCCACUGAGGAGCAGCUAGCAGCAGAGGAUGAACCUCAAAAGUCUGUCCCUACUGUUGAAAAACCCAAAAGAGGGAGGAAGAUCAGACCUGAUAUGGUUAAACAAAAAGCUGAGGCAGAAGACACUGUCAUCACAGUUGAGACCAAACAGCCAGCUCAGCCUCCAGUCCGGGCUAAGAGGGGAAGAAAUGCCAAACAGGAAGAAGAGAAGCACGUGAGUGAUGAUACGUCAACUUCAGCUGAGAUUUCUGAAAGCCAGGAGCCGGUUAAUAAAGUUAAGAGAACCAGGAGAGCAGAACAAAACCCUGAAGACCCCAAGGAAGUCCAACCUGUGGAAACUGUCGUCCCAGACAUAGUUGAAGCUCCAGUUGUCGAGGAACCAGUCACAAUCAAUGAGCAACCAAAAGCUGCUGCAAAACCCAGGAGAGGAGGAAGAAAAGCAAAACAAGAUAUGGAGACUGAAGAAGAGAUCCCUUCUGUCAGCACAACAGAAAAACCAAAACGUGGAAGGAGAGGUAAACAAGUAACUGAAGAGGCUGAAGUUGCUGCUGUUGUACCAGAGGAAAAACCUGAGGAGAAACCAGUGGCUGAAGAGAAACCAGUGGCUGAAGAGAUGGAUAACGCUGAGCCAGAGGCUCCGGUCAUCAAACCAAGCAGAGGAAGGGCGCAGAAAACGACAGUGAAAAGUGAAGUCUCACAGGCCGUUCCAGCCAAGAGAGGCAGGCGAGGAGCAGCUGCUUCCCAGGAAGAGACCAACACAGAAGCUUCAGUCAUGGUUUCAGAGUCUGUUUCUGUGGAGCCAGCCAAAAGGGGGAGACGAGUAGCAGCAAAGCCCACAACAGAAGAUGACAAGGAGACCAGCAAGCAGGAAACUGUGGAAGACACCAAGGUUUCUAAAAGAUCUGUGAAAUGGAAACAAGACCUUGAAGUCAUCGAGAUUUCAAAAGUUACACCUGUAAAGGCAGCACGCGUUAGGAGGCCAAAACUUGCAGACCCAGUUGCUGCUGAAAGCGAAUCAAAGGAUGAAAACAAACCUGAAGAGGAGGAUCUCUCAGAAACAGCUGUCAAAGCCCCGCCUGUCAAGAGAGCCAGGAGAGGAGCAAAAGUCGCUGACGUUGCUGACGUUGCUGACGUUGCUGACGUUGCUGACGUUGCUGAUGAAGCCGAGUCCACAAGCAAGGGGGAAAGUGUUGUUGCUGAGACACAGCCAAAAACCCGCAGAGGAAGAUCAGCAAAGAAGUAAAAGCAUUUAUACAUA